AUGAUGCAAGGCGCAGCGGUUCUGGCGACAGAGACUCCUGUCAAAGGGCUGCCGGACAUACUUGGAGUGCCAAUGCAGCAGAUCCCUCAUUGUGCAGGCUGCAACCAACACAUCCUUGACAAGAUCAUUUUAAAGGUACUGGAUCGGCAUUGGCACGCGAAGUGUCUGAAGUGCAUGGACUGUCAAGGACCGUUGGCAGAUAAAUGUUUCUCACGCAUGGGAAAUGUCUACUGCAAAGAGGAUUUUUUCAAACGUUUUGGAACAAAGUGUGCCUCGUGUCAGCAGGGCAUUCCCCCCAUGCAGGUGGUCAGGAAAGCUGAAGACUUCGUCUACCACCUGCACUGCUUCUCCUGUGUCAUCUGCAGCCAGCAGCUUGCCACCGGGGACGAGUUCUAUCUCAUGGAAGAUGGCAGACUUGUGUGCAAAGAAGACUACGAGACAGCCAAACAAAAUGAUGAUUCAGAAGCAGGAACAAAACGCCCACGGACAACCAUCACAGCCAAGCAGUUAGAAACCCUGAAAACUGCUUACAAGAGCUCCCCCAAACCAGCGAGACAUGUCCGGGAACAGCUGUCCUCUGAGACUGGGCUGGACAUGAGAGUGGUACAGGUUUGGUUUCAGAACCGACGUGCUAAAGAGAAACGUCUGAAGAAGGACGCCGGCCGCCAUCGCUGGGGCCAAUACUACAAAAGUGUCAAACGCAACAGAGGGGCGAGCAAGAUCGAAAAAGAGAGCUCGGUGGAAGACACAGGCUUGAGUGACAGUGAAAUCAGCUUCAGAGAUGAUCAGAUCUUGUCAGAGCUGGGUCACACCAACGGCAUGUACAGCAGUGUGGGGGACGGCGUGCUGGCUAACGGUGGCGGCGUGUUGAGUGGCAGGUUCUCACUAGACAGCAGUGGACAGCCUUCUUAUCAGGACGUGGUGGUGCGCUCCGUCAGCCCCUACGGCCUCCCCCACUCCCCCUCCUCCGUGGGCUCGCUGCCGGCUCACACCCCGCUGCUCAGCAGCCUGGGCUUCUCCAUGGACUCCAUCAUGGCUCAGGGGGGGCAGGCCGGGGUCGGACAGGCCCUGAGAGUGAUGGCCGGGGGAGGGGGAGGAGGGCCGACCUCUGACCUGUCGACGGGGAGCAGCACGGGCUACCCAGACUUCCCCACCAGCCCCGGCUCCUGGUUGGACGAAAUGGACCACUCUCAGUUCUGAAUGGGGUUGCUAGUGGGUGGGCGCUUGGAAAAAAAAGCUCCUGCUUCAUGUGGAUGAGAGUUAUUCUAUCGACUUUAUAUUACUAUUGCCCUUGGGAGAGCAGACAUAUUUUUUCAAUAAAGACUAAGGGGACACAGGGAUUGGUGCUGAACCUGUCCGACACAUUCUAAGUCAAAGGACUAGAGAAGGGAAGACAGCCUCUGUGCAAGCAUCAGAAGCCGGAUGGAUGGAUGGACGGACGGACGGACAUUUUGAAUCGUCCUCAUGGAGAAUCACUGAGAAAUAUCCAUGAAACAGCUAUGGAUUUUUUUUUUGUUCCUGUAAUUUAUUCAUGGUUUGAUUUGACUCCAGUUUUGAAUUCAUGCCACGGCAUCAAAAUCACACAAAGUAGAACACAAUCAAACGGAGAAUCCUUAAAAAGGUAUUCCUACAUGUCUUUGAUUGCAGAAGGGUUCAUGUUAAAAAAAAGUAACUGCAUUCAUUGACAAUGCACUUUAAUGGUAUUGUCUAAGGUUCAGUGUGGUAUUAGCAGAAUGAAUGCACAAUGGAGUCCAACACUGCAGGUGAUCAAGCUGAAAUUUACUGCAGCAACAGAGCAGACACGUGUGCUCAGUACAGGCACCAUUUGAUUUCUUUUAGGCACUGUAAGUUUGUGAGUGGAUACUAAGGAAUUAAAAAAAAGACAUUUAUUUAAUUUAUUUAUUUUCUAAUUAUUUUCUUUAUGAAU